AUGUCUCGGCCGACGACUACAUACCCGACGGUGACGACCGUCAUGCGCGAUCCCGACUUCACCUUCUACUUCAACACGUCGAGCUACGUCGUCCAACCACUUACGACAGUCUUCACUGCCCCGGCGGCCUGUGAGUACCCGUUUCCGAGCUCGUUCUCGGGCCCGGCGUCCUGCGUGCCCGAGAACUGGGUAUCCGCCGCGCAGGCACCUCUUGGCUAUUAUUCUCCCGGCAUUUGCCCCGCAGGGUAUACGGUUGGAUGUGACGCGUGGACGAGCUUGAGGAUAUCGUACUUUGAGAUGUCAGGCGUGUCAACCUAUCUGCCUAGCGACGGGGAGACGGCAAAACUCUGCAUACCAAGUGGAUUUGUAUGCGACUCGGAUAUUAUUUACGGCAUGUCAUGGACCUCGACCGCUACGCGAUGGGCCCGAGCCCUUCAAAUUCGAUGGCACGAAAGCGACCUAAUAUACCUCGAAACACAUCCUCUUUCCCCCGGCGUAGUACCAGCGAUACCGGAAACUGCAAAGGAAGGCCCCGGACCUACUGGCACGGAGACUGGAACCGUGCUUCCUGAAUCGGACGGAGGGCUGUCCAGAGGAGCUGUGGCGGGAAUCUCGAUCGGGGCCCUCCUCGGCGCGCUUGUGAUCGUCGGUGCUGCAUUCCUCCUGUGGAGACGGCGGAAGAAGCCAUCGUUAGUUGGAUCGCCCGAAGCAGGGUCAACAGCGAGUGCGCCCCUCAUGCAAGGCCCACAUAUGUACGGCCAGAUGCCAGUCCCCCAGCAACCCUAUUACCAGAUGAUGGCACCGGCUCCGCAGCCUUACCAAAAUGUUUCUCCAGGUCAGGAGCACAGGGCGCGCAUGAGCGACUACUCAUCCACACCCCCGAGCACGUACUACCAGCCGCAGCCGCAGAUGGCACAGAUGGCUUACCUGCCGCCCGGUGUACUCCCACCGGCGAUGCCACCAGCCUCCACGUCUCCGCCAAAUGUGAUACCGCGGACGGAUUCCACCGCUGCUGAAGCCUCAGCUGUCGCUGAGCCUACUGAAUUAUCCGGUGUACCGUUUCCCAGAGGUAAUCAACAUAACCAGAUUCGGUGA